CUGAUUCGACCCCUAGCCUGGGAACCUCCACAUGCCUCAGGUAUGGCCCUAAAAAGACAAAAAAGUUAGCAAGAAAAGAAAAGAAAGGAAAGGAGAUUCAAGACAGUGGUGAUAUGAUUGAGGCUUAGGUAUUGUCUUAGGCUAAACGAGGGGAAGGGGUUUGGAGCUGCUCGGUAGGAGAAGCCAGUUUCGGGAGGAGAGGGAGGAAAUGUGUGGUGAACAAGGGUUGUCUGAUUACGCAGCUAGAAGUCAAGCGAAGAGUAGUUUCUUUCAUGUAAGGAGGUGUCUUUCCAAAUGGAAAUUUCCUUUACAAAAGGGAAAAUGUGUGCUUUUAUUUUUAGGCAGUUAGGGACGUAAAUAGCUUUUCCUGCAUCUGCUAGUUCUCACGUACCUUUAGCUCAAAAUAAUCCUCAUGCCAAAGUGGCAUGUUUUGGGGUGACAUAUCCCGGUGCCCUUCACUACCCACACUCGAGUUUAGAGACUGCAGAUGCAGGCGCUCCCAUGAUUACCUCCUACAAGGUUCAAUAAUUGGCUCGAAUGACUCACAGAACUCAGGAAAACAUCUCUCGUGUUUACCUGUUUAUUAUAAACGAUAGAACUCAGGACCAGCCAGGUGCAAAUGCAAAAGAUGCCUAGGACGAGGCAGGGAGUGGGUGGCGGGUAUACAGAACAAACAGCCGUGCCCGCUCAGGGUGUGCCACCUUCCUAGCAUGUCAGUGUUCACCACCCCAGUAGCUCCCUGAAUCUCAUUGUUCCAGAGUUUUUAUAACUCAGUCUACAGCCUACUUGCCCUUCCUAAAGGUUGGGGGUGGUAGUGGGCUGAAAGUUCCCACUCUCUAAUCACGUUUGUUCUUUUUGGUGACCAGCCCCCAUCAUGACGCUAUUUAGGGGCCCUACCCUGAGUCACCACAUUAGCAUAAGCUCAGGUGUGGUUGAAAAUGGCUAGUUAUGAAUAUCAAAAGACACUCCUAUAAUUUAGGAAAUUUCGUGAGUUUUAGGAGCACUGUGCCAGGAACAAGGGAAAAAACCCAAAUAUAUGUAUCUUUUUUGGACCGCCCUGAUAUAAGUUCAGGAGGCUAUGUGAGAACAUAAAUGUGAGUUGAGAUGGGUAAUCACCUAUCAAGUUACUUUGAUGGUCUUUCGAAAAUUUCUAGAUUUUCCCCUUUGUGUCAAAGAUUAUACUCUGAUCUUUGAAUUAUCAAAAUGAAGACUGUGUCUCCUGAAUAUCUCCCGUUAAUUUAGGUGCUCUAAAUCUUCUAUAGGAAUAUGUAGAAAUAGUAUCUUCCUCCUUCGCCUGCUUUAUACCCAUUGGAGUUUUAAGUUUUUCCUUGAAAAAUCUUUAUUAGCUAGUCUUCGAUUCAUUAAUUUAUUCAACAAACAUUUAUUGAGGAUCUAUGGGUCAGGACUAUUCUGAGUCUAAGGGAUACUUUAAAGUGGACUUCCAGCCCUUUUGGAACUUAGCUUCUGUUUAGAGACGGUAAGGUGAGGGUGGAGAUAGACAAUAAACGUAAUAAAGAAGUUAGAAGGUGACAUGUUGUGGUAAAGUAGGGCAGAGAAGAGGGGGUGGGGAGUGCUAGUGAUCGUGGGACUUCAAGGUGUCUUCACGGAGAUAGAAGGCAAAGCCUCUGGCCAAGACGAAAAUGACCAGACCCUUGAAUUGCCCCGCCCUUUCAGUGUAAUGCCCCUCCCCCACCUGGAGCAACCUGCCCCCUAACAGGAAAGGUAUGUGGCCCACUCCUCACCCUGCCCCUAUAGGGGCCUUACAUGCCCCCAACCAACGAGCAAGUGCGUCGUAAGCCCCCUCUUUAGGUGUGCUGCCAGACUUCUCCUCUCUCUGGCCGUUGAAACUGACAGGACCCUGCUCGCAGGGUCGGCCCUCCCCGAGUAUCAGGAAGUCAUCUCUCUGUGCUAGUGAUAGAAUGUGUUCCAGAACGAUAGAAUAGAUAGAAUUGCAGUUUCCUUGGUCCCCACCCUGCCACAAGCGUGGUAGCAGCAGGCAUGUUACAGAUUUACUGAGUGGAGGUACAUUUUCAGAGAGAGAGCGCGCGCACGUGCAUGCCCAGGGUAAGACGAGGGCCCACCUUGCUUUACCAUCAUUUUUAUAUCCCCGCGCCACAGACCUGAGUGGAGGCCUGAUUUCUCCUGCCCCAGCCCCUGUGCUGUGCGUAAGGGCUGAGUGUUGUUUCAUCUCUGUAUGGGGCGUAUUUGAUCUUCUGAUUGGUUUUGGACAAGGUGCCUUAUUUGCAUGGGGAACAGGUUCUAGAGUGGUGAGGUGAGGAAUGGGUGCCAACCCCUUCCCAAGCCCAGGCUGCUCAAGGUAGGGGAAGAGGCAUGACAAUGAGACAUGGCCAGGCUCGAAGGGGACUUGAAGCCUGUAACAUUAGCAGCGUCUCUUUUCUCAAUAAACUCUUCUUUCUUUUCACCCACUAUGAAUCUGGAAAAUUCUUUUUCCAAGCUGUGAGUGUGGACCACGUCAGUGAUGGGAACCGCAAUUCUAGACGGGUGGUCAUUGUCAGCCUCCUUCAAGAGGUGAUGUUUACGCAAAGAUUUGAAUGUAGUAAGGAAGCGAGCCAAGUGGAUACCUGGACACGAGUGUUCAAGGCAGAAGAAACAGCGGUGUGGACGUCCUAACGUGGGAGAUAACUUGCCACCUGGAGGAAUGAGAGGGAGAGUUCGGUGUAGAAAGAGCCAAGGAGGAGACAGUGAGAUGAGAGAGAUAUUUAUGACUUGGAGCCUGCAUCUGAAUUGGGAGAAGAUUUCCUGAAACUUUACCAGAAACGGUGUUGCCCAGAUAUUGAUAUUUACGUUGACGGAAAGCGUUUUAAAGCUCACAGAGCCAUUUUAAGUGCCAGAUCUAGUUAUUUUGCUGCGAUGCUGAGUGGCUGUUGGGCUGAAAGCUCCCAGGAGUACAUCACUCUUCAAGGAAUAAGCCAUGUGGAAAUGAACAUUAUGAUGCAUUUUAUAUAUGGAGGAACUUUGGACUUCCCAGAAAAAGCUAAUGUUGGUCAGAUACUCAAUAUGGCUGAUAUGUAUGGACUAGAAGGAUUAAAAGAAGUAGCAAUCUAUAUUUUAAGAAGAGAUUACUGUAAUUUCUUUCAGAAGCCUGUUCCCAGAAGGUUGGCGUCUGUACUGGAAUGCUUGAUCAUUGCUCAUUCAGUUGGAGUGGAGAGUCUUUUUGCUGACUGCAUGAAGUGGAUUGUAAAGCAUUUUGCAAGGUUUUGGUCUGAAAGAAGCUUUGCAAACGUACCCCCUGAGAUUCAGAAAAAAUGUCUUAAUAUGUUGAUUCAGUCCUUAAAUGAUGAGAAUGCUGCUUUUCUUCUGAUGGAGAGUGACAGGCUGAUCAUCAGUCUGCCCAGAGUGAGAUGGACAGAAGCAGCACUGACCAUGGCAUCUCAGCUCCAAGAGGAAUGUAUUGCCUUUAUUAUAGAAAAUUUCCCCAGGAUCAUUCACAGUGAAAAUUUUGCUCUUUUCUUACAGUCCCAGGCAAUGAGUAGCACAGCUGAUCUGUUGGACAAAAUUCUUAAAGCAAUUGAAGAAAACAUCACCACUGAGAAAAGCUGCUCUCUUCUGAUGGCUCUGGACACACUGCUGAACUCUGACAGCACAAAGGAAAUGGUAUCGAAUGGUUUUACGUGCAAGAUCCAGGCUCUGCGUGAUAAGCUGUGGAUCUUCCUGGUUCAGUCUUUCUAUGCUGUUCGUCACACAGAAAGCUGGAAGCUGAUGAGCACAGAUGAUCAACAGAAAAUCCAAGCAGCUGCAUUUGACAAAGGUGAUGAUCGAAGACUUGGCAAAAAACCUGUAUUCAGUAGCUCUCAGCAAAGGAGACAAGCUUCUGACUCUGGUGUUAUAAAAACCAAAUCUUGGAGAGGAAGUAACAAGAAAGAGUAUUGGCGUUAUCCCUCUACUAAUCAAAAGAUGAAAUCUGAUGCAUUAGGAGCAUCUGGCCAUUCAUCAAGUACGAAUAGAAAUUAUAUAAAUAAAACUUUGAAGCAUGAUGAUUUGAAAGAAAAGGAUGGUACAAAAACGGCAUCCACAAGUACAAAAGAAUUAAAAACUGCAGGAAAAAAUGUUUCUGGAAAGCCCAAAGCUAUCAUAAAGCCCAAGACAGAAAACGGUGAUAAUGCAAAGUCAGCAAGCCUGUCCCUCAAACAAGUUGUGGAAAGGUCGGCAGCAGCCGAUGGACAGAAGAAUUCAGUCAAUGGAAAAGGAGUGAGGCAUCCAGAGGGGCAAGUCGCAGGAGCCAGACCCAAGGUACCUGCUGCGAACUCCCCUGUGCCAGCCAAAGCACAGCCUUGGAAGAAAGUGACAGGCAGAGAUUCUCCAUGCCCCGGGCUCGCAGGCCCCGCCAGCAGGUCUGCAAAUUCAAGUGUGGAAUUGUUGCCUGGCGCGGACUGUCUGGAUGAAGCUAAAGAAAAUGGGUCAAUGCAGGAGAAGCCUUCUGGCCACAGGCUUUCCGUUUGUGACUCUCCAGCACAGACUGUGAAAAACAGCGUAGAAAGUAUCAAAACUCCCGCUCAAGCAGUAAAACCUCGACCCGUUUCAAAAGUUACCAAUGGAACUCCCAAUAAAAAAAGUAUUCAUGAAAGAGAAACCGAUAUAAAUAACAGUGUGCUAAGGAAGGUCACCAGCAAAGGACACGGUGAUCCAGUACCACAGACCAUUUUAAAGAAAAGAGGAAAUGGCCCGGGCCACGCCACAGCGCAGCAGAGGACAAAGAGCGCCGCAGCUAAUCUUGUGAGGACUCCAGGAUCCCAGGGAGAGUCACCAACUUCAGUAAAAUCUUCCGUCUCUUCAAGGCAGUCUGAUGAAAAUGUGAAAAAAUUGGACCACGGUACCGCUACAGAUAAACAAACACCUAAGAAAAAAAUUAUCAAACAAGGACAAACAACUUUGCCUAAGGUUAAUGCAAAAACAGUAGCAAUGCCUAAAAACUUAAAUCAAGCUAAGAAAGGUGAAACUUUGAAUAAUAAAGAUUCAAAACAGAAAACGCUUCCUGGACAGGUUAUAUUGAAGACUCAGUCUUCUCAAAGACCUUUAAAAAGUGAGCCAUCUGUUGUCCAGAAAACUGUGCUUCAUGAUGUAUGUGAUAAUAGCAGCAAAGGCAGUGUUUCUGAACAGAUGCCGCAUAACCCUCUCACCAACCUCGCCGCCGAAAUCAGUGGUACAGAAGCAGUUCAGCCAUCACGCAUUCUUGACCCACAAAAGCCACUAAACAAUCAAGCCAAAGAGAAGUUGGUGUUAGAAUGCCAGAACACUUCACAUCUGGGUGAAUUAAUAAAACAUGAACUGGACUCGAAACAGAUGUGUUCGGAUAAAAGCGAAACAAAUUUUUCUGGUCACACAAAACCAGAUCAUUGCAACCCAGCUAGAAUACGUUGUCCUUCUGACGAGAGUGAUAAGGUUGAUCCAGAAUUUUCUAGCACCGCUGCCCUAAAAUCCAUGGUUUCAAAUCCACAUGAAAACCCUUUGACCUCUACUCCAGAUUGUGACUUGGACCCAACGCGUGAAGAGCACGUCCGUUCCGUCUCAGACAGGGAGAAGCAGGUAGGGGGAAGAGAUGCGAACACAAAAUUAAACCGUGGAUGUGUGAAAGAUGUUUUACCUUAUGUUCCUGAAAAGACAAAUGGCACCUUAAAUUUUGGUCCCGAUGACAGAAAACCUCAAGUUCAGGUCGAAGAGCAGACAGGCCCUGGUCAGGUGUCUGAGGACUCUGCCGUGAAUGAGGACAGACAUGCCACGGGAGACUCAACUACUUCCUCCGCGGGCUUCCUGGAACCAACAUCCGGGAAGAAUUCUCCCAAAGAUACGGAAACAACAGACACUCCAGAAGCCCCUUUCGUGAGUCACUGGCACUUAAGCACCCGUGUUCUCCAUCAGAGAGAGAGCCCUGAAUCCGACAGCGGCAGCGCUACCACGUCGUCCGAUGACAUAAAGCCCAGGUCUGAAGACUAUGACGCAGGAGGGUCUCAGGACGAUGAUGGGUCCAACGACAGGGGUAUUUCUAAGUGCGGCACCAUGCUGUGCCACGAUUUCCUCGGGAGAAGCAGCAGCGAUACCAGUACUCCUGAAGAAUUAAAGAUAUAUGACAGUAACUUAAGAAUCGAGGUGAAAAUGAAAAAGCAAAGUGGCAGUGAUCUCUUCCAGGUUAACUCGACAAGUGAUGAUGAGAUUCCUAGGAAAAGGCCAGACCUCUGGUCUCGAUCGUCGGUGGUCCACCCUAGGGAAAAAGAUCACCUUCCCCGAGGCGGUGUUCCCUUCGCUCAGGAAGCGGAUCCGGUGUCCUCCUCGGCAGAUGAAACGGAAGACGAAAGGUCCGAAGCUGAAAAUGUUGCGGAAAAUUUCUCUACGGCUACUCCGGCGCUUCAGCAGUUUCAGGGGAUAAUUAAUUUAGCUUUUGAAGAUGCGACUGAAAACGAAAGUACUCAGUUCCGUGCAAGCAAAAAUUUCAAAAGGUCCGUUCUGCUUUCAGUAGAUGAGUGUGAAGAACUCGGAUCUGACGAAGGGGAAGCCCACGCUCCCUUUCAGCCUCCCCUGGAUUCGGCCUCCCCUUCCGACGUUUUCGAUGGGGUUUCUCAUGAACCUCAGGGAAGGACCAGCUACUCGCAAGGAAGUGGAGGUAGGAUUUUCGAAUGUAAGCAAGAUAAAGGCAGCAGUGUGUUUAGAAACAAAAGCACUCCCUCGGGUCUCAGUAGCAUUGACUCUCUAAGGAAAGAUGCACCGCGUGCUUCGGCCGCAGACGGAAAGAGCCCAGCAGAGGUCCCGUCGCAGGGAGGCAGCCAGCCUCCUCCCGAAGAUCAGAAAGUGGGCAUCGGAAGCCGCGUGGGUGGCGCCUUUCAGACACAGGGCAGACUCUCAGAUGGCGAAGUAAGAGCUCACGAAAGACCGUGUCACUUGGAGCUUCAUCGGCGAGAAGCCGCCUCUGACAUGCCAAAGAACAGUCCCGCAAAAUCCGUGGGCUCCCGUCGGAGUCACGUUCUGCCUCAGGAAGGUCAAGAGAGACAGAGCCAUUCUGCAGUCCCCGAAAAAGCCACUAUUGCUUUAUCUGCAGGAGACAUAGAUGAUUAUGACACAGUGGCACAAACCCACAUGUAUGACCACCGGCCUUCAAAAACCCUUUCUCCAAUAUAUGAGAUGGAUGUAACAGAAGCCUUUGAGCAGAAAAUGGAAUCAGAAACACACGUUACAGACGUGGAUUCUGAAGAUGAGCAACACUUUGCAAAACAAGAUUGGACGCUCUUAAAGCAGCUGCUCUCUGAACAGGAUUCAGACUUAAAUAUUACAAGUUCUGUUCCUGAAGACUUAAAUUUAGCACAGUAUCUCAUCAAUCAGACACUGCUUUUAGCACGAGACAGCUCAAAACCUCAGGGUAAAGCACAUGUUGACACUUUGAACAAGUGGAGCGAAGUAACAUCUCCAUUCGAUGAUUCCUCCGCAAGCAUCACCAUGGCUAGUUUUUCCUCUGAAGAUUGUUCACCCCAAGGGGAAUGGACAAUUCUGGAACUGGAAACUCAGCAUUAAGAGUAUUAACAUUUUGGAAAAUUAAAUUAUGCCACUCCUUUAUUUUUUGAUGCUUAUAUUAUAUUCAAAUGAUAAUUGCAUUAGCCAGAGAUAGACUAUCCUUACUAUGAAAAGAUUCUUUACAAUUUACUGAAGUAAACAUAGGUUGCUUAUUAAUAUGAUAUCACAUGUAGGAAAAAAAAGGUGUUGUUCUAAAAGUUUUGAGCAUGUUUUCUCUAAUUAGAGAAAUUAUAAGACCUGUAAGGAAACCCUUGCUUCAGUUUUUCUUUUCCUAACUAGUCAUUCAUUUACUUGUUUAUCAUCCAAGAAUUUCAAACGUGAAUGCACCAGUAGAAGAGUCCCUUUGCUUUUUGCUCUGCAUAUGGUAAAAUAGCAAUUCAACAAUAAAAACCCUUAUUGUGCUUGUGUCCAUUUA